GGUCGUCCAGUGCUGCAGUCGGGAGGAGGAUUUGCACAAUGGACUGAGGAGGGGGAGGUGCAGGAGUGUGUAUUACCCAAAGUUGUGGCUCCGCGCAUGAGCAUUCCCACCUCCAGUCCUGCCUCCACCACGCCGCUCCACCCCCACAUGCUCCCUCCACCCCGCCUCCCUCCCUCUCUCCCUCACCUACUCAGCCACAUUUGCCGAACUUAAUAAAAUGUUGCCGCGACAUUCAAGAGUAAUGUAAUACGAUAGUGAUGUGGAUAUCGGCGGCGGGACGACAGGGGAGCGGGUACUGUGCGGUGCCACGUUCGACUCGAGAAGAGGUAUUCUGUCCCCUUGUGAUGGCUGGCUCAGUGUGGCGAGACCCUUGCCAGGGGAUGGGUGUGCGCCGCCGCCUCUCCGCUAGUACCAGGCUCAUACACCCUAGAGCACGAUAUUAAAACUCUCCGCUGCCCUUUAUACAUGAUAUCAGGGCCUUGUUUGCCUCGCUGAGCCCUCCACGCCUAAUACCGCGCCCCUUCAUCCCUCCCUUAGAUACCCGUGUUUUAGAUACCGCGCUGAUAAAGGGGAGUAAAUGGCCUUUUCCGUCUCUGGACAGCUCUGUGCAGUAGCUGGAGGCCGGCUGUAAAGUGUUGUGUGAGGCAGCCAGUGUGUGUGUCAUGCCCAGUCUGCCCGGGCACCUCGCCUAGUUCCCCACCCACCUCCCCUCCCCCAUCAGUCCAACCCGUAGUGCCCACCAUGACCCUCCACCGCCACUACCAUCGCCGCCACUGCCGUCGCCACCACCACCACCUCCGCCCCCUUCACCUCAGCCUCCUUCGCGCCCUCUAAGCCAGACACAUGGAUCGAGAGGCCCAUAAGUAAAGGCGAUAGUGAGUGAGUGAGAGUGAAUUUGUGAAGGAGUGAGGGAGAGAGUGCCAGCAAGACAGUGGAGUGCCGCCUCAUCCCCGCAUCGUCAGCCCUCUCCACCCCCCCUGUCGAGACACACGGACGGAGGAACACACAAAGAAAUAGGAUUCCAGCGACGCCUUCAGAAUGUGUGAGGAGGAGACAGGGCGGUGGGGGAGUAGCCAGGUCACCGCUACCUGACCCUCUCCUCCUCCCGCCACGCCCCCGCCGCCCACCGCCACCACGCCCACGCUGUCUCGCCCGCCCACCGCCCAGGCCCGCCCUCCCCUCCAGCCAUGGACGCCGAGAACAGGGUGGUCCUCAAUGUGGGCGGGAUACGGCACGAGACUUACAAGGCGACUCUGAAGAAGAUCCCAGCGACGCGUCUCUCCCGCCUGACGGAGGCUCUCGCUAACUAUGACCCGAUCCUGAAUGAGUACUUCUUUGACAGGCACCCCGGCGUGUUCGCGCAGGUGUUGAACUACUACCGCACGGGCAAACUACAUUACCCCACCGAUGUGUGCGGCCCGCUCUUCGAGGAGGAGCUGGAGUAUUGGGGGCUCGACUCCAACCAGGUGGAGCCGUGUUGCUGGAUGACCUACACGGCGCAUCGAGACACACAGGAGACACUGGCUGUGCUGGACCGUCUGGACCUGGACACAGACAAGCCCAGUGAGGAGGAGGUUGCCAGGAAGUUUGGUUUUGAGGAUGACUAUUUUUCUGGAAAUUUGUCGUGGUGGCAAAAGACCAAACCUAAGCUGUGGUCUCUGUUCGACGAGCCAUACUCCUCCCAGGCUGCCAAGGUUAUUGGUGUUAUCUCCGUGUUCUUCAUCUGUGUGUCCAUUCUUUCAUUCUGCCUCAAGACACACCCGGACAUGAGAGUGCCAGUGAUACAAAAUAUCACUGUACACACAGCAGAGAACACAACCGUUUGGACUCUUGACAAGAAAGCUACCAAUGCUCAUGAAGCAUUCUUCUACAUAGAGUGUGUCUGUAACACUUGGUUUACUUUCGAAAUAUUAAUAAGGUUAAUUGCAUCACCCAAUAAGUUUAUGUUUCUUAAGGCAUCAGUGAACAUGAUUGACUUCAUUGCUACUCUAAGCUUCUAUGUGGAUAUUCUCCUCCAGAAGUUUGCCUCACAUUUGGAGAAUGCAGAUAUUUUGGAAUUCUUUAGUAUCAUUCGAAUCAUGAGAUUAUUCAAGUUGACACGCCACUCCUCAGGACUCAAAAUCUUGAUACAGACUUUCCGAGCAUCAGCAAAAGAGUUAACCUUACUUGUGUUCUUCCUGGUGCUGGGGAUUGUGAUCUUUGCCUCCUUAGUAUAUUAUGCUGAGAGGAUACAAGCCAACCCUCACAACGACUUCAACAGCAUCCCUCUUGGCCUGUGGUGGGCACUGGUCACCAUGACCACUGUGGGCUAUGGCGACAUGGCUCCCAAGACUUAUGUGGGCAUGUUUGUGGGUGCGCUCUGUGCCCUGGCUGGUGUAUUGACAAUUGCGCUCCCAGUGCCUGUCAUCGUGUCCAACUUCGCCAUGUACUACAGCCACACUCAAGCCCGUGCCAAGCUGCCCAAGAAGCGGCGACGAGUCCUUCCUGUGGAGCAUGUGCGCUGCCCGGUGGCACCGCCCCCCAAGCGUGGUGGAGGACCCAAUGCUAUGAACCGCGGACCAGGACCAAAGAUGGGCAACGGUGAUGAGGCCAUCCCCAUGUUGGGUCUUAGGAACCACCUCCUGCAAAUGAGCGGGGGGAACUGCCCACCUCCUCCACCCACCCCCACAGUGGGCAGCCCCACAAGCUCCCUCUCCAAUACUUACGUGCUGGACCCCACUUCUCGCUCCAACACAUACUCCCACAACACCCUCACGGUGCCCGCCUCCACAAUGCCCAACAAUUAUAGUUGGAAUAUUACCCCCAAAAGUGGCCCACAAGCUCCCUCUGUCAACGGGUCUCAAGGUCUCAGUCGGCGGGAGAGUCAGCGGGGGUCUAUGUCGUCCCCUUUGCGUGGAAGCCAGCAGGCCUCUCGCGCCUCCCAGUCCUCCCACUGCCCCACCAGUGCUGGCGAGAGCUUCCCAUCCAGCAGGAGUUAUGCAUAUGCGGAAGAUGUGCACGCCAACCCUAAGGGGCAGGAAUAUUCCUGAUCUCAAACCCAGUUUUCAGAAGUUCUAUCACCCUCCAAAACCUCCCGGUCCCUGCAGCUGGUGGUCGCCUCAUGUGGUAUUGACCAGUCUCAGAGCAACCCUUUCCUCUCCCUGUCUCUGGUGCCUCAGUAACCUGGGGCCACUCUCUUAGACUUCAUGAGUCUGCCCUUUGUCUGUCUUGUUAUUUUCUUUGUAAUGAAAUUUACCGUAUCACUUGUUGACCAUGUUACCUUUUCCUUUUUCAAAUGUUUUUUUCUUUUUUUUUUCUGUCUGUUUGUCUACUCUUUUAUAUGUAUACAAUAGCUUUUUACUGCCUCAAAACCAUACUG